UCUUCUCCGUUUGCCUCUCCGCCGAGCCGCUGCCGCUCAACCCCACCAUAUCCGGCGCUGCUGGACUCCAGUCGACCUCAUUCCGGCGUCGAGCGUGCCCAUGGUACGAGAUCUCCUGUCUCCAUUUUGCGCCCCACGUGGCAAAAGAUACGGUUAACCCUCGUCUUGUUCUGUGCUGGGUAAGCUUCUUCACUUAGAAUUAUUCUUGCGCGACUUUGAGUGAACGCUUCCUUAGAUGAACCUUGGUCAGCAAAGGAUUAGGCCUCCUGAUGGCAGAAAUUUUCACCGAGGAUAUCCUCAUCGAGAUACUCUUGAGGCUACCAGCCAAGUCGUUGAUGCGAUUCAAAUGUGUCGGUAAACGGUGGCGGUCUCUAAUUUCCAACCCGGGUUUUGCAAAGUCGCAUUUGCAAAGGCUAAUGGCGAGGGAUUUAAUUCCUAGCCAGAGAAUCUUCAAGACCAGCCCCUUUGAGAGCAUAGACUACGAAUUGCACGACGGUGGCAUCGGUGGCGAUGACGAUCUCGCGGUGGUAAAGGUUCAUGAGCUGAGAAUUGGCGAUCCUUACUGGGAGCCUGAGCUCGUGGGGUCUUGCCAUGGCUUGGUAUGUUUACUUGUUCCUGGUAGGUUUUUCCUAUACAACCCGACCACCAAGGAGUCUAGGAAUUUUCCCUGCUCUGAUCUUGUUCAACAAGAUGCGUUAGUCAAUGGAUUCGGAUAUGAUCCUCGAUCUGACGACUACAAAAUAGUACAGGCUGGUGGUUUAAAAAGUGGCAAGAGGCAAUAUUUUCGCUCAAGUCCGGUUCUUGGAGAAGGACACAAGUCCAACGAGAAAGCCAUCCCGACUAUUUCAACCAAGGAGUUUAUUAGAAUGGGGCCUUACACUGGUGCGUUAUUGACAUAAGCAUAAACAAGAAAGAGAAUGCAAUUAUGUCAUUUGAUUUGUCGGAAGAGAAAUUCCACCAGGUGCUUCCUGUCCCUGAAGUUGAUGGAGGCGUACUUUUCAUUGGACUUGGAAUUCAUGGGGACCAAUCUGUUCAUAUACCACGACACCCGUAAUAAUGAUUGCAUCGAGGCGUGGAUAAUGAAUGAAUACGGGAGAGGACGAUGGUGGACUAAAUGGUUCAAUGUCUCAACUAAAAGAAUACAUGGCUACAAAUAUUGGCAGACGAUCCCAGUCACGUACACAAGAAGUGGAAAAAUUGUUUUUCUAAUUGAAUUGGGCAAGAUGAUUCUAUUCAAUCCAAAAGAUAAUACUUGUAAGGAUUAUCCCAUCCGGAGGAGGGAUGGAUAUGUUGAAUCUGCUAUCUAUUUGGAAACUCUUGUUUCUUCCUAUCUUGGCUGUGGGCCAUCAAUAAUCUAGUGCCUUUUACAAGUUGUCCUAGUGGAUUUGGUUUUACCCUUUUCUUUCAAGUUUGCUUUUUGGGGAGAUCUGGCCAUCUUCAGCUGUUGAAUGAUCUUGUGAAUUCUGAAAAAGAGAAAAAAGAGUGUCGAGAGUCCAUGAGUUAUGGUCAUUCGCCAGUAGCUUCACCAUUGUGCCUACUUUUCUGUCCUCUCCAGAUAUAAGGUUAGCUCUCUGCUCGAUGAAUGGCUAUUCAAUCAUCUCUGUUUUGCUUGAAUCAUGUGAAUGUUAAAGCAAGCACAUAUCUAGUGAUUUUGUUACAAUGGAACGAGAGAGACACAAUUCUAACAUGAGAACUGUAAGAGUAGGUUUCCACAAAGCCUUGACCAUAAUUCAGACGAAAGCAGAAGCUUCAGGUUAGGCACCUAUUAGAUGACAAGCUAAAUCUGCUUAUUGACUGAGCAGCAGAGCAGGGAACCUGCUCAGGAAUUUAUAAUGGUCCGAUGAGCAAUCGUAGCCAAGUCCACAAAAUUCCAACCUUGUAUACAAUUAGCAUUUGGAUUUGGGAUUUUGCUGGACUCCCGAAUAUUCGGAGCUUGUACCUGAAAGUGGAUGAUAGAGCGCAGCGAUUGCAGUGUCCUUGAUCCCACGAAGGACUUUCUCCAAGCCCACCGAUCUCGGAUGGUCGAAGGAGGAUUAGGAUCUUUCGGUGAGACGUCGAAUUCUUCUGCAUCCAUCUAUUGAGAUGUAGUGUGGUGAAUCAUGGAUCGAAGAUCACAGAGAGGACCUCUUACAUGAGCUCUUGAGCAGACAUUUCAAUAUGGUGUUUGUGCAUACGUCCCUUACAUGAUUGUUCAUGGACAUGACAGAAAUCGAAUUUGCAGUUUA